UUACAGAGGGCGCUGCGUGUUAUUUUGUUAUGCAUUCGCAUGUAGUCGUACAAAAUAAUGGAUUUUUCGGUUUUACUGAAAGAUUUGAGAGAUGUGGCCGAAAAAUACAAAGGAAAAAGCACCGAACCACAAGUAUCAACGCAUGCUUACGUUGAUAUGUUCACGAAGAUAUUGAAGAGAGCACAAAGAGUUACAGACCAGUAUGAUGAUCAGAUCACAGUGUUGUGGGUGGCGCUUAACCAGCUUGCCUCCAUAUAUGAGAAUCUCACAGCUGGUGCAGCCAGGGACCAGCUAUGCAAGUUCAUCUUUGGAUUGUGUGCUAAAACUGUACUUAACAUCCAGUGGGCUCAACUUGAUGAAGACAGUAAGGUUAAGAACAAUUUCUCCACCACUGUGGAAAAUGUACAUAAAAUCCUGUCAGAGCUCGGGUUCCUCAAGUUCCAAUUGAUUCUGGACCUGAUGGAGAGUCACUGGACGCAUCCUAUACUGAGUAAAAUAAUGUCUGGCGAGGAGGAAGACACAGAAGAUUGUCUGGAUUAUAUACAGAAAGAAGAUCCUGAUAUUUUAAAGCUCAGAAUUGAGAUUAUGAUGAAAGAGAACUGCGAGGAGUUUGCCCUGAAUCUCUGUAACUGGUCACUCAAACACCCUGCUCUAUUGAAUGAUCUAAAGAUCAAAGAACACCAAAUCUUCAUACUUUAUAAACAGCAGGAGUAUGGCAAGAUGCAGGAAGUGUGUGAGACGAUCAUAUGCCAUGAUGGUAUCAAAGUUAUGUCCCAUUUAGCAAAGACGCCCACUAACCAGGAGCUUUGUAUACGCUUGGCACAGGUGUUUCUCAUUCAGGACUGGGUAAAACCAGAGCGGACAUGUUGUACACAGGAGCUGCUAAAGCUGUGGAUACACCAUCAAUAUUUGGCAGAUAAAGAUGAGGAGCGUUUCCUAGAUAGUAUUUGGACAGUUGCCAAGGUGUGCCGGGAUACAGAGCAAAUUGGAGUGCUUAUUGAUGGUGUUAAAAAAGAGUGUGGAGAUAUGUUCAUCCAGUUAUAUUCCGAGCUGUGUAAGUUUGCUAUCAACAUUGAUAAGGGAAACAUGGAAAGAGAAGAGGUGCAGAAAGAUCCUGAAGAGUACAAUACAAGACGCCUAGCGAUGUCAAAAACCUGUGUACGCAUGGCGUUCAUGCUGAAAGAAUAUGACUUUAGAAUUUCAAGAAUUUGUGGAUUAACAGCAUUCGCCUUGGAUCCUACAAUGGAUAAUUUGAAUCUAGUGAAUAAAUUGUACUGGACAAUGAAGAAUGUGUCAGCUGCCUCACAGAAUAGUAAGAUUAACAUAGCCACUUUAUAUGAAAUUGAACGCUUGCUUGGACAGAUGCGACCAGAUUCUUUAAACCCGGAAUAUAGUUGGAAACAGUUAAUACCAGUGUGUAAGAAAUAUAAACUUGACUAUGAAAAUGAUAAAAGUAGCAUUCCAUUGAAGAAUGCACUUAAGAGAGAAAGAACUGCAUCACAAAGUCUUGCAGAAAAUAUAGUGCAACCUGUACCACACAUGUUAGAUAUUGUUAAAAGUGAUAAAGAAGUGACAAAAAAGAUUGAUACUGGACAGAAAAGAGGGAAAAAACCAAAGAAUGCAGUUCCAAAAGAUAUUCAGAAAGCUCAUUUAGUCAAAAUGUUGGGUCAGAAGAACUUAACACAGGAAGAAAUAGAGAAAGUGUUAAGUAAGGAAUUCCCAAGAAAUAUGAAACAAGAAUUUGGUGAUGCACCAGCGUUGGAUGUGAAAGAGUUGGAUAAAACCAUAAAUGAUCUGAAAAAGUCAAUAUAUCUCGAGACUCAGUAUAGAGAAAGAAUUAAGAAUAAUCUUUCCUCGCUUCAAAAAUGUAAGAAACCUAACAUUGAACCAGGAGAGGUAAAGAAACAACAUUUAAGUAGGCAAGAGAUGUUUAAGCAGCAGCAACAAAUGACUCAUCAGAAAGAUCCUAGUUAUCAAAGGCAGCAUAGUGCCCCUGGGGGCUCUCAAUCUUAUGGUCCCAUUUUACAGAGGCAGUUAUCCAUGGGUAGUCCUCAACCACCAAAUGCCCAUAGUCAUCAUCGGCAACAACAUAUGUCACCACCAUUUGGUGGCUCACCUCCACCAGCUCAUAGUACAUCCCCCCGCAUGGCAUCACCUACAGGUUUUUCAUCACCUUUGUCACCACCAGGUUUCAGGCAGCAUUCUGCAAGUCCCAACAUUCUAAGCAGUCGUAAAUCAGGUUCUUACUCACAAAUGAAAACUAGUCAAAGUCAUUCAAAUAUUCCUCAGCAGUUGUGCAAUAAGAUUAAAACUGAGCUCGUGCAACAGUCAGAGCAAACAAAGCGCCUAAAAACUACUGCAUUUAAUAUUUUAAGACCACCUGGUAAUUCAAAGCAAGAGUGUGCUAAAAUUGCUCAGCAGAUAGCAGAAAUGCAUGAGCGCCAGAGAGCUGAAAAACUUCAAACUGCAAGGAUUCAAGGUCAGAUUGAUGGAGCUAAAGUGGCUCUCAACUCGAGAAAUAUUCCAAGUCGUAGUCAAAUUUCUGACCUGCUUAGCCUGACCUUUCAAGGCAGCAAGGGACAAAAUAUUGUGGAAGGACAAAAAAGCCCUAUUUUGCAUGGAACAGACACAGACUUGGGCAAAAGUUAUUUAAAAAAGAAACUGGAGAGGUCAGGAUCUGUUUCCUCAGUUCAUAGUUUAUCUUCACCAGAAAUUGUAAGAAGAGCAUCCCUUUCUAUGCAAGGUGGUGAGGUAUCAAAUGUUAAAAAUUCUUCAUACUCCUCUCCAUGCCCAUCUUCAACCGCUUCCAGUAGCCAAUCUUUUUCAAAUAGAAGUCAUUCUACAGGAAGAGUUCCAAAUGAAAGUCUUUCGCACUCCACAAAAGUUGACAAAUGUAUGUUAGUCCCAGGGGAGCAAGGUUGGGAUCCUUCACGAGGCAUUAUGAAACAGAAAUAUUACUACAAACAUCCAGCCAAAUCAAAAGUUGGUGUUGCAAAGAGAAAUUCUGGUGAGUCACCUGUAGCUAUGAAGCCAGUGUACUCAAUGAUUGUCCCAAAAGAACUAACAAAUCCAAACAGAAAGGAAGAAUUAGUUAAAACAGUCACAGAUAUGAUGAAAAGAUUCCCAAAAGGCAUUAAUUCUCAACAAAUAGGAUCAAACUUUACAACACAGUUACCAGAAUCUUCACAAGCAGUAUUGCAAGUUCUAAAUCAAACUUCGGCAAAAUUAGAGCAGAAGCAAAUCACUUCUGGGCAGCAAAUGCAAAUCAAAACAAGUCCUCCAAAGCUUGUACCUACAUCAUCAAUAACAAGUAUAAAAAGUGAUUCUAGUAUGUCAGAUAAUCAUUCCAACUUUCAAUCUCCAAUUAUUCCAGUGAAUUCUACAUCCAUUGGGCAGCAUUUAAUGGAAGAAGGACUCUUGAAUCUCAAUACUUUAGCUGCAGCAAGUAUGUCUGUUUUGGGACAAGAUGCAACCCAGCAACCAGUGAUUAGUUCUCUGCAGUUACCACAGUCAAUACAACAGCAGACAAUACAGCAGCAAUUUGGUAACCCUGUCAUUGAGCCUCAGCCCAUGUUUUCUCCAGUUCAGCAAGAACAGGUCUCAGUUCAACAGGUUGUACAACAGCCAGAAACCAUUCUUGCAACUCCACUUUACACCAUGCCAAAUUCAGUUAUACCGGAACCAGUACUGACUCAGCAACUAGGUGGAAUUCAGCCACAAGUUGAUAUUGGCUUGCAGCAACCAGUUGUGCAACAAAUCAUUGUACAGAACCAUGGCAUGAACCAUUCUCAGUCUUUUGUAAAUGUUGUCAGUCAACAGCCAGGUUUUCAGGUAGCAACUGUUGGACAAGUUAACUUCAAUAAUGUGACUCAGCCAUUGACAGGUAUAAUGUCACCAUCGAUUGCUGGCGGAAUGACACAGCAAAUUUCUGGGGGUAUACCUAACACUGUAAUGGAUUGUGUUUCUCAGUCUUUCAACGUCCCUAGUGAAAUUAUGCAGCCAAUAAGUAGCAAUAAUGCUGCCCUUACAUCUUCAGCAGAAAGACCUGUUGCUGCAAAACAAUUUUUAGCACCACCAGAACUUAGUCCAGCUCUUGUUCAACAAAUUUUAUCAAGUCUUAAGAAAGGAGGAGCUAGGCCUAAUAAUCACAGUCAGUCUAAAAGUCCGAAUGAAAAAAAGACAUCUAAUAAGGGACAAAAACAACAGUCAGCUACAACUAAUAAGACUCAUGUCAGUGUUAAUGAAUCAGUUAAACAAAUGAUAGUGAAUAAAAAGGAUACUGCUGCAAAUCAGAGUGUAGACGAAGCUAGACAAAAAAUUCUACAGCUAAGGAAACAGUUUGAACAGACGGCUGAUUCUAGUGCCAAUGUUACAAAUAUAUCUACUGUACUGCCAAAUAAACCAAUCAUAUCAUCCCUGCCUAACACUGUUAGCAGUCCAAGGAGAGGCAGUGGAAUUUUAGAGAGGCUUAUGUCAGAUGAUAAGGAAGUAAAAAUUAGUUCAGACAUUCCAAAUGUAAAUUUUUCAUUACCCACUCAGUCAAAUAAAAGUGCUUCUCAACAUAGUUUGCCAGAACUUGUAGACCUUGGUGCUAAAGAGUUUCAGCUGGAUUCAAUUCUAGCACUUGAUAAUGAUAUCAAUGAAGGCAGUGAGCGUAUGGUACUUAACAAACCUGUUGUACCAGUGUACUCAGUAGCGAAUAAUGAUCAAGUUGGAACACGUGGACCUUCAACUACUAGUAAAGAAGUUCAGUUAAAAAGUGACGCAGAAAAGUUUUUAAGUGAUAAAGGCGUUCAUCAACUCAUGGCAUCUGCUGUAAAUACACAAUUGAACUUAGAAAAUCAACAAAAUAUUCAAAAUGAAAAGCAGCAGGAGCACACCUCUCUAACUCCAAAUCAGUCAACAUAUUUCAAUGCUAAUAGAUUAGGUAAAGAAAGGGAAAAUAGGGAGAUUAAACCACAGCUUGCUGUCACUGAAGAGUUGAAACAGACUGUUAAUCAUCAGGAAAAAAUACGAAAUAUGUGUGUUAAUUGUGAUAUUGAGUUCCCUACAGAGCAACUAUUGAUAGAACAUAAGAAAAUAUCACUCUGUGAACAUAAAUGGAAGUGUGUUUAUUGUAAAAUGACUUUUAAGUGUGCAGAGAUUUUGAAAUCACAUGAGAAAAAUUACUGUUUGAAGGCACCAUCUACAAUGGUAAGAUGCAGUAUUUGUGGUGUAUAUUUCCAAUCCCAUGAACAAUUGAAAGCACAUUUAAAUCCUAAAACAUGUACACCUCAAAACAUGUUUAAAGAAAAAUCUCAGUCUGAUGAAGAUAUAGUGUGUGGUAUUUGUAAACGGAAAUUUGAAUCAAUGGCACUCAUUAAAGAACAUGUCAAGGUAGGUUGUCUGAAAAAGGAAAAUAAUACAUACUCAAAAGUUGUAAAAUUAGGAGACUUUGAUUUUUCUGUGAUGUUUAAAUGCACAAAAUGCAAUUUUAUUAACGUGAAUGAAAAUAUUGUCUCAAAACACGUUGAGAAAUGCAGAGAAAACAACUUGUCAGCAAAACUGACAGAAACAUAUACCUGUAACAUGUGUCAGGAAACAUUCUGUGUCCGUGAAGAUGCAUGUAGACAUGUUAAGCGCCAGUGUACAAAGUUAAAAGUGACAAACUCACAAAGACAGGUCCAAGAUGUAUACAAGAAAAUAAAAGAUGGAAAUACAACUAAAGAAAGUUCUGAUAAGAAUAAAAAGGUUAUUGAGCGUAAGAGAAACAAGCAGAUGGUCAACGAAAAAGUGAUAAGUGAUCACAAGGACAAAGUAGAAACAGAUACCGCUGAAUCAGAACUGUCAACACUUAUUGAAAAAAAUGACAAGCAUGUUAAGGAUAUUGAUAGCAAGCUUUCAAUGAAAACUCACCGGACACAAAAAUCAGGUAUUGAAGUCAUAAAUCCUGAGUCACAUGCUACUGUAUUACCUGUUGAAAAGGAUGCAAAGAAGAAAGUCAAAGAUGAAGCUGUUGAGAAUAUUAAUACAGAAAAUACGUCAGCUGAAAUUUUAGAGAAGUUAAAGGCAGAAGAGAAAAGAGCUCAAUUUGUUGAUAUACCUAAAAUUCCAGAAGCUUUGAGACCGACAAUUCCAGCUAUGGAUGACAAGGCAAUUGAAUUAACAGAGUUGCAAAAGGUUCAGCGUAUUACAGCAGAAAAUAAGUUUUUGGCUGAGUUUAAUGAAAUAGAAAGACGAAAACAGGCAAUUCGAAUGAAGAAACAGAAAGAAUUGGAGAAGCAACAAGAAAUAUUUGAAAGGAUGGAAAGGGAUGAAGAAUUAGAGUUAAUGAAACAGAAAAGAAUGCAGCAAAAGAUGCAAGAAGAAAGGGAAAAGGCUAAAAAAGUUUGUGAAAAACAAGGAAAGGAAAAAAAUACCUUUGAAACAGAAAAAGAACAAUAUAUAAACAGCAUUAUUGGGACUUCAACCUUGGAACAAAAAAUGAAAGAAAGUGUUGAGAAAGAAAAGAAUCAGAAAAAACUUAAUAGAAUAAUUAAUAAUAAGGAAGGCACUGUAAAGGUUUUAAACGUUUUCAACAAUGAGGGAAAAUGUGCAACACAGGAAGGUUCUUGGAAGGAAGGCAAGGUUAAAGGUGAAAACAAAAGUAAGAUAAAGACUGAAAAUGAGAUGAUUGAUAUUGAAUUAAACGAAAACCGGCAAAAUGUUAGAAAUAAUACUGAACAUGAAACAAAUAAGAAGAAAAGGAAGAAAUAUCAAGAUACUGACGAUGAUGAUGCUAUGAUUGUAAUGCCUCAGGGUAAAAAAGUCUUUAGAGCAAGUAUUGAAGUAUCUGAAAGAAAAAAUAGUAAAGAGGUUGACAGGUCAGAAAUUUCGAAACAAUCUAACAGAAUCUUGAAGAAGAAACAACUUUCUCCUCAAGAUAUCAGAAAAUUAAGGGGAUUGAGAGCUAAACAACUUAUUAAGAAGAAAAAGUAUUUCAUUGAUGAAAUGGAGCCAAUUCAGAAAGAUAAAUUUAAAAAGGAAGUUGAUAAGGAAGAUGAAUGUCAAAACAUGAUACAGAGAAUUAAACAAAAUCAUAGAAAAAUUAGAACAGAGAUCAAGGGGCAAGAAAUAGAGCCAGUUCUUAAAGAGAAACAAAAGAGGGAUAGUGAAAAAGGAAAAAUGAGAAGCAAAGGGAAUACUACUUCAAGAGAAGUUAUGAUUGACAAAAAACAUCAAAACAGUAUUUUAAGCACAUAUGAAGAUAUUAACAAUCGGGUUAAAGAGGAAAACUCGGUACGGAUUUGUAGGAAAUUAUGUCGAUUUUGUGGCCUUUCUGGUAGAGGUAAUAAUAUAUUAUCCCAUUAUAUACAAACACAUAAGCUUGGUUUCCGUCAAAUUAGUUAUAAUUACUUCUGCAACUUUUGCAACAAAAAAUUUCCAUCAACACAGACAGUACAAAUAAAAGAACAUGUCUUUAAUAACCAUCGGGAAGCAGUUUUAGGAAGAGUAGCAAUAGGGAGAUAUGAUAAAAAAGUUGAAUUCUUGUCAAAUUAUAAGUCAAUUUCUCCAGGAAAAAAGAUAAAUUCUCAACAAUGUUUUGGAAAGUUAAGCAAGAGGAGAAAACAUCUUCGAGCUCUUGAACUCAGAAAAAAAUGUGCUGAGAAAUUAAGAGAAAUCACACUUGUUCGAAAAAACUCCAUUAUAGACCUUUCAGAUCUAGAGGAUGAAAGUCAAGCAUCUUGCAGCUCAAAUCAUACAUCUGAUACUGAAUCACCAUUUAAGGAUGAAGUUCUUGCUGAUAAAGAAGUUAAAAUUGAGCAGAAAGGACAGGUUACAGGUGAUGAACCUGAGGUCAGAGAUGGACGAAGGAUUGCACCAAGACUAGCAAGGCAAAUGGUUAAAGGCAAGGAAACAAGAGGCAAAAGAAUAAAUUAUUUUGAAGAGUUAAAAAAGACAUCUGAUUUAGAUGACUCCAGUGAUACUCAGGUUAUGACAAGAUCAAGAUCUAGUUCAGUUAGUAGCAGCAGCCGAUCAAGUCUUAUUGCAUCAGCUAAGAAGAGAAAGUCUGCUUUUGCUAUCUCAACUAGGGGAUCAUUAAAAGCUCGUCAAAAGAAGUCGGGAAAGAGUGGUACUUUGUUACUUACAAGAAGUGGCAGAGCUGUUAAACGACCAGAAAUAGAUUAUGAUAAACUGACAGAAUCAUCUGGUCUAGGAAGUGGUGAGGAUAAUUCAGAAUUAGAAGACACUGAUAUAAGAAAAAGAAAAUCAACACGGAUACGGCGAUUGUCUGAGAAAGGCAAAACACAAAGAAGAAAAUCUUCUGACACAGAUGAAAGCUCUGCUGAAGAGAUAAAGAGAAGAAUUACAAGACGUUCUUUGUCUAACAGUCAGAAGGAAAAUGAUAAUAAUUUUUCUGAUUCUCAAAACACAGAUGAAGAUAGCAAAGAUAUUAAGAAUAAAAGACCUUGCAUGAGUCAGAGUCCUGGCAGAAAGAAUUACAAUGAAGCAACUAGUCUACAUAUUUUAAAGAAUAAAGGUAAAGGUAAGGAAAAAGAUGUUAAAGCAGACAGAAUUAUUACAAGACAGAUUUCAAAAAACGAAGAAGAGUCCGAUUCCGAAACCGAAAGCAAUUAUACAGAUAUUGAACAUGUUGUGAAAAUGCUUAGCGUUAGAAAAUUACGGAAUGCAGCAAUAAAAAGUGCUGAAUCGGACUCCGAAAGCACUUCUGCUGAUGAAAAUACUUUGGAAAGAAAGUACAAAUUAAGAAAAAGACAUGCAAAUAAAAAGUAUCGAGAGACUGAAAGUUCUGAUGAAGAAGUUAGUAAUGAGAAGGAAGUUAAAGCAGAUGAUGUUUCUAAAACAGAAAAGAGUCAGAAAAAUGAUCAGCAAUUAGAUGUUCCUGUAAAACAAAAAAGUAAUUUUUCUGAAGGUGAAAUUGUAAAUACAGAAAAGCCAAAAGUUGUUUUAAUUGGAGCUGAAGAAGAUGAUGAUCUUAAUGUUGAUUAUGGACAACUUAAGGAGAAUGCAGAUUAUUUUGAUUCUCAGGCACCUAAAGUUUAUUCACAAUGUGAUGAAGUCGAGCUGUAUAAGCAUGACAACAAUUCUGAGGCAAGCAAUGAAAGUCAGAUUAAUAGGAUACAUCAGGAUAAUGAAAUUGCCUCAAAUGCAAAAACUGUUUUGAUAGAUCCUGAAGAUGAAUUUGCAGGACUUGAGGCUUCUCCAAAGAAAAGUUAUGAUAGGGAGAAAAGUGCCGAGUCGGAAAUCAUUUCAGAAAGUGUUAGUGAAGUUGAAACAGAGGUGGAAUCAAGUACAUUGCCAGCAAGUGUCAUGGAUUUUGAUGAAUUUGAAUUUUUAAAGAGUAAUCAAACUCUAACUGGUGAUAUAGAAAACCAUCUAAAUUCUUCAUCAAAUAUGCCACAUAAAGCAGCAUAUGAUAAAGAAUUUAUUAGGUAUACUGAAACAGAAAAGCUUGAAUGUAACACAGAGUAUGAGUCAGAUUCAACUGAGAAUGUGCACACUCAUAACACAAAUGAAAGUUUAGAUGAAAUUCAUUUGCAUAAAGGCUGUGUAGAUGAUGAAAUUCCACCAUUGGCUGAAGAUGUCCCAAUUUUACCACCAAGAGAUUUAACAGGGAAGAAAAAGAUUAUGAAAGAUACAGUGAAAAAAGAAUCUAUUGGUGGAAGGAAAAUCGCAUGCCCACUUAAGAUAAAUGUUACACCAUUGUUGAAAUCUGCCAGAGUUGUUAUUGAAGACAUUUCUGUUGUUAGAAAGGCAUUAGAGGUAGAUAAUGUUGAAAAGAAAUUGAUUCAAGAAUGUGAAGCUUCAAGCUGCAAGGUCAGAAUUGGUAGAUUAUCAAGAGAAGAGAUUGAAAAGCAUUCCCCAAUUGCAAGGAAAGAUGUGAAACAUGAUGUAAUUGAGGAUGAAAUUAUUGCUAAAAAAUCUACACAUAAGAUAGCAUGUGAAAAAGUACCUGAUGAAAAGAAGAUUCAAAACAGUUCACAAAUGGAGAAUAACCAAACUGAGAAUAACCAAAGUGAUAAUAAGGAAGCAGAUAAAUUAGAAGGCCAGUCAUAUGAAACAUUGAUACAGGACAUUGUACUUGAUGGCUCCUUCAUAGAUCAGCUUCUAGUCAGUGAAAGUAUUACAUUUAAAAUUGACAGCCAAGAACAAUCAGGGGCUGAAUGUUUACAGGUUGUUGUUGAAGAAAACCAGUUUACUCAAAAUGGGACAGUAUUUGCAGUUGUCAAGCCUGAAAAAAAAGCUGAAAACCAGUCAGAGGAAGUAAUUGCAACUAAUGUUAUUGCCUUAAUUACAAAAGGCCAGGUUGAUACUUCGAAAGAGUUAGUUUUGAAUAAAAAUGCAUGUCAGCAAGAACAGGAAGAAGAAGAUGUAUGGAUUGAAAAUGCAGAGACUUACGCAGAAACACCAGUAAAAUCUGAAAUUUCAAAUAGCAUUGUUUAUGAUAACACUCUUGUGGUGUUGGAAGACGGAGAUACUUUCAGUUUACCAGACUACUCUAAUUUACCUGAUCUGCCUGAAGAAGAGCAUAUAGUACUAACACAAUUAUCUAGUGAUAACAAUAUUGAUAAAAUAGAAGAGAUGCCUUGUCAUGAAGAUAAAAUUAGAAUGACACCAAAUGAGGCAAGCCAGAAACUGAAUGAGGGUGUUGAAGUAGGGUCCAUUGCAGAAACUCAUAGAAAUGUGGAGAAACUUGAAUCAGAUGCAACAUUGGAAGACUGUAAGCCAACUAAGCAUCCUAGUGGGAUAUCUGAUGAAGUCACAGAUUAUGUUAAAUCUUCACUUGAUACCGAGAUAAAAGAACUUGGUGUAGACUUUUCUUUAGAAGAGAAUAUAAAUUAUAGCCCUAACACAAGUGAAAUUAAGGAUUUGCUUCAAGACCAGCACAUUUCAUCUACAAGUAAAUUCCACACUAGUAUUGAACUAUUGAAAGUUGUAAAUGAAAAUGAAAUAGUCCAACACACUCAACCAGUCCAUAAUGACCAAAAUGUUGUACAUAAUUCUUACUCUGUAACUAAUGAUACAAGCCUUUCUAACAAAAUUUUAAAUGACCCUGAAAGUAAAAGUGAACCAUCAAGUAUGGUGCAAUGUGAAAAUGCAUUGAAUAGAAAUGAUGUUGAAGAGACAUUAAAUGAAAAAGAUGUUGAAAAUUUAGAAAAUAUGUCAGAGCAAGUAUCAUUUUCUCAGUUACAUAAUCAAGUUCAAAUAGAUAAAAAUGAUGACAUUGAAAUGAAGAGUCAAACAAAUGAAACAGUGAUAGAAAUAAGAAAUAACUUGGCAUAUUCUUCAGAAAACUGUGAGAAAUCGGAACCAGACACAAAACUAAUCAUUGGUCAACAAAAUGACCAUGAUAACCUUCAAAAAGAAAAUUUAGGGAAUUCUCUAAUAGCAAGCGAGUUAGAAGAAACACAUGUGAAGCACAGUGAUGUGGAAACAAACUUCAAAGAAGUUCAUUCCUCGAUAUCCUGUGAAGAGCCUCUUAUUCAGACACAACAAUACACAGAAAUUCAUGAACAUAAAGAAAAUGUAGAUUCUUUUGAAAAUAACUUGCCAAAUAGUGACCCAUCAAAUAUUGCAUUUGAUACUAUAGGGACAAAUACAACUUUAGCUGUACAAGAAGGCAAAGUUCUCACAAAUGAGGAAAUCGUUGAAGAUACAGACCUUGCUUGUAAAGAACCACCUGCUUUUGUUACUGUAGAUGACAUGGAUAUUGAUUAUAACAAAACUGUCUUAGACAUUGUUGGUACAACAAAAGAACAUAUAGGCAGUUCAGAUAAAAUUUCAAGUAAUGAGAUUGAUGUAGAAAGACCACAUAGAGAAGCAAAUAGCAAACCUGACAGUUUAGAAAGUAUUGUACCAAUUUAUGCAGAAAAUGAAAAUGAAUGUAUUCACCAAAUUAUGUAUCAACCUGAUGUACUAGAGUCAAGUAAAGAGAAUGAGAGUCAUGGGACUGAUGUAGAGACACCACAUAAAGAAGCAAACGAAGAAACUGAAAAUUUAGAUAGUACAAUCUUUACAGGGAAUGAAAAUGAAAGUAUUGACCAAAUUAAAUAUCAGCCUGAUGUUGUGGAGUUUUCUGAAUACAAAGAUGUAAAAGCUAUAUUAUUAGAGAUUUGUGAUGAAGUUGCAAGUACUAAAGACAAUCUUCAAAAUGAUAAACAUGAAAUGCUUGGAAGUGAAAAUAUGACUGUCACUUUUCCAGAAUCUUCAGAAACAGUAGAACCUUUAUUGACAACAGAUAAUUUGCUUCAGCAAGGUUCAACACGGGUAUCAACAAAUGUUAAAGAUGAGAAUAUUUCAUGUGAAAAUUUUGAAGAAAAAGAUGAAAAAAAUAGAAUUGUAGAUUUCGAUAGGCAUGAAGUUUCAGAAAAAACUGAUGACACUUUAAAGCCAAAAGAAAAUAACUUACCAUGUCAUUCUCCAGAUUUAAAGAAUUCUGAAGAUACUACUCUGCUGGAGGAAAUAAAUGUUGCUUAUGAUGAAGGUAAGACAAAUGAAGGUUCAGAUGAAAGUUUUGCAUCUUCCAAUUCAUCUUUACUUGCAUUACAAACAUAUUCCGAUUCUUCAGACAAUGAAGAAGACACUACAGAUAAAUUUGAAAUAACAGGUAUUUUAGAGGAUUCAGAAACCAUUGAUACAAGUAAAGAAGUUUGUAAAUCAGAUGAAAAAAUAACUGUAGCAGUGAGUCAGUAUGUUGUUCCUGUGCCUAUGGAAAUAAGUCAGAUCGAUGAAACCGAACAAUUGCCAAGUAUGCCAAAUCUUUUAAAUUGUUGUGCAAAAACAGAAGUUAAUACUCUAAUAGGAACAAAGCUCUGUGAUAUGAAUGAAAAAAGUUCAGAUAAUGUUUCUGAAGGUGUAGGAGAGUGUAAUGAAAUGAACACUAUAAACAACCACAGUCAAUGUCUUGAAUUUGAUGUAAAUGUAGAACAAGAAACAGCUCUCUCAAAAACAGAAAGUGUGUGUGUAUUGGUGCAAACUUCUUGUGAAACUGUUAGUGAUAAUGAUCUUAAAUCUAACGCUAUUGAAACAAUGACAGGAGAGCUUGAUUCUGAUUUAGAAUUGUCUGAAAAACAGCCAAACGCUAAUAUACAGGUUGAAGUUGUAACAAAUCAUAAUAAUAAAUUAGAAAACAAAGUUAAUGACCAAGAAUCAGUAAAUAUACAAGAUCCUAAUGAAACUAAUACAAAAAUGUCUACCAAUACAAAUUGUUCAAGAACAUAUGAACAGCUGGACAGUGAUAUUUUAUAUCAAGAUACAUGUGAUAAACUAGAAGGAUAUCACUUAAUUGAGAAGGAAAGGCUAAGCCCUGUCAAUAUGGCUGGAGAAGGUGUUGAGCAUCAGAGAAAUGUUGAUACAGAAGCUAAGACUAGAAAGGAUAGUGAAAUAAGUAUCAAAGAUGUGAUUGAAAAUGAUAAUUUUCUCAUUCAGUCGAAAGAGAAAGAUGAUAGUGGCUUUCUGCAACUUUCAGCCCAAAAUGAAAUUGAUUCCAUUAAACCGAAAUUAGGUGUUACCAAAAUAAAUGAAGACUAUGCAAAUGAAUUUGAGCUAAUAGAUGUAACAUCCUCAGAAGUUUUGCAAGGAGUUGGACAUGUUAAAGGUGUAGAUCAAACUAUUAAAGAGCCAAAACUUGAAACAACUACAAACGAAGAAGUUUCAUUAGUAGAUCUACUUGAACCAAAUGAAUUGCAUAGUAGUGAAGAAACAGAAAAGGGUGAAAUAGAGACUGUUUUGAAUGAUACAAAAAUUAAUCAAGAUAUUGUGACAGUUGUUAUACAAGAGGAGAAACCUUUGCAUGAAGAGCCUAUUGGUGUUGAAGAAACUGAAAAAGGUGAAAUAGAGACUAUGAAUGAUACAAUCAUUAAUAAGGACAUUGUGACAGCUGUUAUACAAGAGGAGAAACCUUUGCAUGAAGAGCCUAUUGGUGUUGAAGAAACUGAAAAAGGUGAAAUAGAGACUAUGAAUGAUACAAUCAUUAAUAAGGACAUUGUGACAGCUGUUAUACAAGAAGAGAAACCUUUGCAUGAAGAUCCUAUUGGUGUUGAAGAAACUGAAAAAGGUGAAAUAGAGACUAUAAAUGAUACAAUCAUUAAUAAGGACAUUGUGACAACUGUUAUACAAGAGGAGAAACCUUUGCAUGAAGAGCCUAUUGGUGUUGAAGAAACUGAAAAAGGUGAAAUAGAGACUAUUACGAAUGAUGCAAAUAUUAAUGAGGACAUUGUGACAGCUGUUAUACAGGAAGAGAAACCUUUGCAUGAAGAGCCUGUUGGUGUUAAAGAACCAGAAAAAGGUGAAAUAGAGACUAUUACGAAUGAUGCAAAUAUUAAUGAGGACAUUAUAACAGUUGUUACACAGAAAGAGGAACAUUUACUGGAAGUACCUGGUAGUGUUGAAGAAGCAGGGCAGGGUGAACUAAAGCCUGUCAAGAAUAUUACAAAUAUUUGCCAGAACAGAUUGCCAGUUGUUGAACAGGAAGAGAAGCCUUUACAGGAAAUGCAAAUAGAAAAUAUUACAAUAAAAUUGUCUGUAAAAGAUAAAGUUGAAUCUGAAAAAGAAAUGGUUGACAAUAUAACUACAGAAUUAGAAGGAAACAGUAGUGUCGAUGGCAAUUUGAUUUCAGACACUGGAUACAGAGAAACUUUGGCUAAUCUGGAUAAAUGUCUUGAAAUUUCUGACUUAGAUAAUAAAAACCAUAAAGUAAGGUUAGUCCGUCAAACAAGUAUUUCUAGUUCUUCAGACAUCAGUUUGAUUUCAUGUCCAGAAUCUACAACAGAACAAAGAGAAGAAAAUGAGGAAGAUAAUAAUAAAAAUGAAAAUUUAGAUUUCACAAAAACAUUUGAAAAUACUGAUAAUGUUUUAAAAGAGGGAAGUUUACAUGAAUUGAAUUUUACAGAAGAAUCAAAACUGAAAACUUUAGUACAGAACAGUAUGGAUUCCAACAUUGAAAGGUCUCAACAAAUUGCUGUUGAUUUUGAAAAGCCUAUUCCUGAAGUACAGUUUCAGGCCCAUUUCGAAGAAAAGGAUGUCUUUAAAAAUGUAGUGAAAAAACAAUUUCAACAUAAUACAGAAGAACCUAGAGGAAGGUAUGAUCAUGUUAUUGAAGAACACCAAUAUAAUUCAAAAAAUAUUUAUUCUGGUGCUAAUGCUAAUUUAUAUCCAACUAGUGCUGAGAUAAAUAUGGCAUGUGAGCCAAGUGAUGAAGUGAAUAAAGCAGAAAUCUAUGAACUAAUUCAUGAAGAUGGCUCUGACAUAAUUAAAAAUAUUUCAGAAGAAUCCCAUGGUGUGACUGGAACACUUAAUGUUGAGUUUUGUAGGAAUGCAUCAGUUGAGAUUUGUGUAGACAACAAUGGCCAGAUUCAAGAGCAAGACCUGUUGGAAAAAGAUGUUGAUCAAAGUUUUCUUCCAAAUUUAAAAGAUGGAACAGGUUCAGAUGAAAAUAUAAGCGAAGCAGCUGACUUAGAAUUGACUGUAAUUGAUGAAGAAGAGUGUACUGAGCUUGAAAUGAAAUAUGAUAAUCAAAAUACUUUACAUCUGAAAGAAAGUUUGAUGGAAGAAAAGAAGCAAACUGAAUGUGCACAAAAAGAUAAACGUGAACGUGAAGAGAAUUUGAAUAUUCAGGAAUAUAUUAGAAUUGAAAGUCAGCAAAAUUCUGAACACCGUGAAAAGGAAAGUCAGCCACAGACUAAAAGACAACGUACUGACUCAUGUGAAGAUGUUGAAGAAAAGUCUGAUUUAAGUGAAUCAAAUCAUCAACAAUCUAACACUGGAAGUGAAAACAUUGUCGAGUUUAAAGAUGAUGAAAUGAAUAGUAAAAAUGAGGAAGUGGAAGCAUCCAUUGUCAAAGAGGAAAACACUACUAAGAAAAUAUCAAACAAGGGAGAAGAGGCAAAGUCAAGUAUUGUUGACAAAGAUAUAGAUAGCACUUUGUCAAAGGCAAACAAAGAUCCUACAACUCAAACAUCUGGUAAAGUUGAAUUGGUUAAUAUGUCAAGUCUUGAAAAUGAUGAAGAAGAUCCAACUUUAGAUAAAUGGGUAAAAGAAAUUUUGAAUAAGGAAACAGAAGAGAAAAGAAAAGUAUUUGAAAUCCCUAGCCCUAGACGUAAGGGGAUGAUUGUAUGGGCAACUUGUAUACAUAAGAAACCAUUAAAUCCUUUUGUAGAAACAAAAUCACUUAAAAAGGAAGACAAUCAAAAAAAGGAGACCAAUGUUUUGAAUCGACCUGGAACAAGAAAGAUGCAUGCGGACCAAUAUGAUAAUCAGGCAAAUUUAGAGAAAAUCAAAAUUACAACUAAUGCACCAACAGGUAUAGUUGAGGAAAUUUGUAAUGUAAAGGACAGGAAGGAAAUGAAAAAGACUGAACGCAAAGCUACUGCUGUUGAAGAUUUAGGUAUUAAUAAUACACAGAGUACUAAAGUUGAACAGAACAAUAGUCAAGGCAAAGACUUGUUUAGGAGAUCUGGAAGUACUCAAACAUUAAACACUUUGUCAGUUGUACAAGGUAAAGAAAUGAGUGCAAGAAAAGCAAACAAAACCAAGUCCAAUCAACAAAGAACUGCAAGGCAAAUAUCAACUGAACUUAAAACUAUUAAUAAAGAAGUCAUUGGAAAUAAUCAGCAAACAAAAACUCAGUCUUCACAAAGUUUUCCUGAAGAAGAAAUUGUGAAUUUAAAGAUGGAAAGUAUUGAAAAUAAAGGCCUUAAGCAGGAAAAUCAAACUGAAGAAAUCCAGCGUGCAGAUGAAACUGAUGAAGAAUUUAAGAGAAGAACAGAAACUGUAAGGUCAGCCAGGAGAAAAUCAGCUGUGAAACCUUAUGAGUCAGACUUUAAUUUUGAGGAUAAUGGGAAUAAUUUAAAAGAAGCAAAUAAUCAGGUAAUGCCCUCGACUUCUUUCUGGCCUUCAGAUUCUGAAAAUAAAAUGGAGAAUUUUGAUACUGCAAGUUUGUAUAGUACAUCUUCGGGAAGUAGUGGCAAAAACAGUGGAACGAAAGAUGGAAAAAUGAAGGUAAUCGAAAGAUGUGUCAGAGAUUUUGGUAAAGAUGAAAGUAUUAAACCAAGAGUCAAUCAACCAUUGCCUAGACCAAUUUUUGCUUGUUCUGUACCUGAAAAGACUACUGUUUCAACAAUGGCGGUACAGAUUGUUAAAACAAUGGGUGCUUGUGUUUCAAAGUCAGUCACAAGUGCUAUAAAAUGCUCAAGACCACAAUUUCCAAACCUAGUCUCAGGGACAAAGAUAAAAAUGAUUGAUAAAAACACACUGUCAAAUAUCACUUUUCCUUCAAGGAUUGUGAAAGUUGUGAAAGCUUUACCUACAGUAGGAAAGCCAGCAACAGUUACUCCUAGUGACAUCAAGAAGUUAAGCAAUCCUGUAAAUACUAGCAUAGAAGAAGCAGGUCUUAAAAAAGAUUCAUCAUUGCAGAAAGAGAAAACCAAAAUGUUAAAUGAAAAGAAAUUGAAAGGGGCAAAUGAAGCAAGCAUUGUUGUUCAUAAUGAAAAUGAAGAGAGCAUUGGUGUUCAUAAUGAUGAAAAGCCUGAUGAGGAAGAUUUUGAACCGUCUGAAGAAAACUUAACAAACAAGGCAAAGGCAUUAAGGGCAUUACAUAGAAAAAACAAACCUUUCAAAUGGGAAAAUACACCAAGCCCACCUAAAGCAUUAAGAUCUAAAACAAAGUGCAGUGAAAAUAAAGCUGUUUGUAAAACAGUUGGUGAAAGAAGUGAACAUGCAAAUAAACCAGAAACAAGAAGGGCAAAGGAAAGGCUGAUUAAGUCUACCCCAACAAAGUCAGUUUCUCUUAAGAAUUUUAGAGACAAUAAAAAGAAAAUAAGUAAUGAAUCUUCUCAGAAAACAGAUAAACAGGAGAAAAUAUCUGAUAAAAAGUCUGCUGUUACAAAAGGAAGAAAAACAAGACAGAAGGGUAUAGACAACACUGAAAAUGAUAAUAUGAAUUCCAGACGGACAAGAUCCAGAAGUGGUUCAAAAGAUAAAUUAAAAGUUGGUAAACAAAAACAGGAAACGGCUGUUAAGAAUAAAAAAACGAACAAUAAUAAACAUAGGAAUACAGAUGGUACAAGUAAUGAAGAUAAUUUGAAAAUUCAGAGUAGGAGCCGAGCUUCUAUGAAAGUUAGGCAUAGUUCUAAUGACAAUGAUAAAGAUAAAGCCAAAGAUCAGUCCAGUGUAACUGCUGUAGCAGAUACAAGAGAGAGUAAAGAUAAUAGAACUAGAAAGCGCAAAUCUGAAACUGAAAAAGUUCAGAAAGAUGAACCUGUUUCAAAUGAUGGACAGGGUCAAAACGAUGUUGAAGAGCCUGUAAUGAAAGUGUGCAAAUUAGACGGAACUGCAAAUAGUCCUGAAAAGAUGGAAGACUCAAAAUGUGGCCAUAAGUUGACAAUUCCUGGAUGUGAUCAUUGUAAAGAGAAACAACCAGGUUGCCAAAAAUUUGGAAUGGAUAUGGUUCGUCCUGCAGUGAGACAAAUAAUUCACGGAGGAAAAGUGUUUGAAAUUCAGAGAGGAAGUGUUACAGAAACUGAUCUUCAGACUUUCAAAGAGGAACCAGCUGGCUUUAAUGAAUCGCCAUACGAGGAUCAAGCAAUGAAAAGAUCAAGACGUAUUGAAAGACGGAAAAGAGCUCACUCACCAGAGGACUUGAAUAUGAAAGUGCAACAAGGUUCUGUAGGACUUCAGGAUAUAAAUAAAUAUAUAAGCCAGACUUUGAGAGAUAUAAAGAAGCAACGCGAUGGUUAUUCUAACACAAAAUGGACUGUCAAACAAAAAAGAGCCAACAAAAAUGGUUUACCGUAUUCUUUUAAGAAGGCAAAUUCCAAACCGUGAUCUGUGAUUAAAGAAAUGUGCAACUGUCCCAGUAUGUGUCUUUUGUUGAUGUCUCUGGAGAUUUGUUUUAAUAUGAUUGUAGUUUUCUACCAUCAAAGUAAAAUUGAGACAUUCAUGUUUUAAACCAUUGGAAGGAAAAUUUACUUUCUUAGUAAUUGUUUACAAUGUAUUAUUCCUACUACUGUAGUAAUUCUGAGACAUUUAUGUUGUAAACAAUUAGAAGGAAAAUUUACUUUUUCUUAACGACAGCAAAUUGUGUUGUUUAAUAUCAUGUCUAUUUUGCAUGUAUUUGUUCCGUAAAUAUAUGUUGGUUCAGUUUUAAUAUUAUAUUAAGAAUGGAAGACAUGUGUUAAAUUUUUAAGGCUUUUAAAGAAUUUCAUCGUCAAUAGGUUUUGUACCAACUAACUGUCAAAUUACUGAUUUGUCUUUAAUAAAUGGAAAAAAUUAGCAUUAAAAGAUAUGUUUUCAUUGGCCGGGAACAUUUUCUUUUUCAUAUCUAAGAUUAGGAUGUUGGUUAUAAAAGUAAUAUAAUUAUAGAGAUCAGACAGAAUUUUCUUUUUCUUGAAGAUUUAUGCACUGUAUUGUUAAAAACUGUAAUUUUUUCUAGCCUGUUGAUUAUUAGAUUAAUGCAAAUUUCAAAGACAGCACAAUGUUCAAGGAAAAAAACUCAAUUUUAUAUGUGUAUGAUAUACCAAUGUAAGAUUUUCUAGGGGGAGGGUGUUUAUGAAAAAUAUAUUGUGAGUGAAGGUUGUAUAUAUACAAAUGAAUAUCUUAAAUUUCUUUUUUCGAAUUUUGAAAUGGAGGUCUUUUAGGUUGUAUAAAAUUUGUAUAGCUCUUUUAAAUGUAAACCUCAUUAUAGAGAUAGCCUUAAGGAAAAGGUUUGAUCUUCUUUUUGAAGACAAUAGAUAUAUAGAGGAUAUUUGUUUAGUUCAGUGUAAGAUCAGAAUAUCUUUCACCAAGCGAGCAUCAAAGGUAUAUUUCAUGAGUGGUGCAGCCACAAGUGAAACAUGAACUUUUGGUGUUCAUGAGGUGAAAUAUAUUUUUAUCUUACACUGAACUAAACAAAUUUUCUUUUUAUUAUGUGCAAAGAAAGGUUUAAAAAGAAAUUUUGACCUAAUACUAAAUGAAAAGCGCUCCAAAUAAUAAUACAGUGUGACGUCAUUUACGACGUCACAUCAUUAAGUUGGUUUCCAGCACUAUGCACGCUGGUAUUUCACUGAAGCAACCUAACAGACUUAAAUUCAAAACUGUGAAAAAUAUCAAAUUGAUACUUUCACAGUUUCAAACGGUGAAAAUUCAGUUUUAUAUUUCACGGAUAUAUUUUUUUUAAACCACCGAAAAGUAUGUAAUAAGUUAAAAUACUGAAUGAGCACGGGUAUCCUUCAACAGUGUUAACCAUGAUAUUUUAAGUAUAAAAUAAUGUGUCUCAAGUUCGCAACAAUUUAAUAUAAACAUGUGUUUUUCAAACAAGAUAAGUUUUGAUUGCUGUUACAAGUACAUGUGUAGUCUGGAUAGCCUAACAUUUUGUCCAGUGUGACCUGGAUCGAUGGCAUAAGUUGUUCAUUUUCAGAUUUUUUGACAUUAAAACUCCUUAAAGAAACAAUUUACAGUUCUGAAUUCAAAGCAGGGCAAUUAGAUCUAAUACAUAGGAGGAUUAUUUAAAGAAUCUCUGGUACUUUAUAGACUGUUUGAGAGUUCCCCUGAAAUGGUAUUUUUGCGAUAAACUCAGAAAGCAAAAAAAAAAGCAUUGAAAUUGGUCGAAUAAUUCCUUUUUAAUCUUUUAGAUACAUGAUUCUAUCUUGGGAUGUAAAUUUCUUGAAGCUAGAAUGCAAAUAAUGUACGUUUGUAUCUGGUUAUAACAUGUGUAAUGUAUAUGCGAGCCAUAUUUGCUUUUAUGUAGCGUCCCCUUCUUUGCUUAUGUACGUUGUGUUUUUUUUUCUUUUUACUGUGUAUAUAACUGUAUAAAUUGUUUCUGUUAAUACUGUAUAUAGGAAAUGUGAAUAGUUGUAAAAUAUGUACAUAAUGUUCUUAAGAACCAAAUUUCAUGUUUUAUUCAUAAAUAAACAUAAUUUGAUGCAAUAA